UCCACGCGUCAAUUUCGAAGAGAAGAUAAAAUUGUUGGUUAUCCUGAAAACGGAAAACCAACUAUUUAUUAUUUUAUUUAAUAUAACAGGAAGUUAGAUUUAUAUACAUAUUUUAUUUGUUAAGUGUAAUUUCAAGAUAUAAUGCCGACCAUAUCUGUUAAACGCGAUUCUCUUUUUAAAGCUCUUGGGAGAACAUACACUGAUGAUGAGUUCCAGGACUUGUGCUUUGAAUUUGGACUGGAGCUGGAUGAAGUUACAACAGAGAAGCAAAUGCUGAUGAAGGAGCAAGGCGACCAGGCAGGUGCUGGGGUUUCCGAAGAAAUCCUCUACCGGAUAGACAUCCCCGCCAACCGAUACGACUUGCUGUGCCUCGAGGGUCUGGUGAAUGGUUUACUGGUGUUCCAAGGAAAGAAAGCUCCACCGGAAUAUAAACUGAAGAAAUAUGAAGACUGCUACUCCCUACAUUUGACACCGGCCACGGCUCAGAUCAGACCAUAUGCUGUAGCUGCUGUACUCAAAGGAAUCACAUUCACUAAGGAGUCCUAUGAUAGUUUCAUAGAUUUACAGGACAAGCUCCACCAGAACAUUUGCCGCAAGCGGGCACUGGUCGCUAUCGGGACGCACGACCUCGACACUCUGCAAGGCCCGUUCGUGUACGACGCACUGCCACCGCAGGAUAUUAAGUUCAAGGCGCUCAAUCAACAGCAGGAGAUGACUGCCCCGCAGCUUAUGGAGCUGUAUUCUACGCACGCGCAGCUUAAACAAUACUUAGGCAUCAUCCGCGACAGUCCGGUUUACCCGGUAAUCAAGGACAAGAACGGCGUUGUGCUCUCGAUGCCGCCCAUCAUCAACUCCGACCACUCGAAGAUCACGCUCAACACCAAGAAUGUCUUCAUUGAGUGUACUGCUACGGACCUUACUAAGGCUAUAGUAGUACUAGAUACUAUAGUGAGUAUGUUCUCGGAGUACUGCAGCGAGCCGCACUCGGUGCAGCAGUGCAAGGUGUUCGCGGCCGACGGCACGUACGAGCUGUACCCGCGCCUGCGCAGCUGGGAGCACACCCUCAGCGUGCAGCACGCCAACAACUACAUCGGCAUCAGUGAAAGCGGGCCGAAGCUAGCGGACAUGUUGUCCCGCAUGUGCCUGACGUCACAGCUGGCGGCGGGCGGGGACGCGCUGCGCGUGCGCGUGCCGCCCACGCGGCAUGACGUCAUCCACGCCUGCGACGUCUACGAGGACAUCGCCAUUGCUUACGGUUACAACCGCAUCGAGCGGCGGCCCUCCAACGUGGUGACCGUAGGUGGACAGGAGCCCAUGAACAAACUCACAGAACAGCUGAGACAAGAAUGCGCACACGCUGGGUACACAGAAGCGCUUACCUUCACGCUGUGCUCGCGGGAAGAUGUAGCGACGAAGCUAGGUCGAUCUAUCGAAGAAGUCCCAGCUGUCCACAUCUCUAAUCCCAAGACGUUAGAGUUCCAAGUAGUUCGCACCGUGUUGCUGCCCGGCCUGCUGAAGACUAUAGCCGCUAACAAGAAGAUGCCGCUGCCCAUGAAAUUGUUCGAGAUCAGCGAUGUUGUGUUGCAGGAUAGCAAGUCUGAAACGGGUGCCCGCAACGAGCGGCGACUAUGCGCAGUACACUGCGGCCGUACGGCUGGAUUCCAGUUCGUGCACGGGCUGCUGGACCGCCUGCUGCUGCUGCUGCGGGUGCCCUGGGGGCAGGACGGGUACCAGCUGCGGCAGUGUGAAGACCCAGCCUACUUCCCGGGACGCUGUGCGGAGGUGGUGCUGAAAGGCGAGCCUAUCGGCAAGAUAGGCGUGCUGCACCCGAACGUACUGCAAGCGUUCGAGCUCACCAACCCCUGCUCCGCCGUCGAGAUCAACAUACAACCAUUCGUAUAGACAUUUACUAUAUAUAACAGAUAAUAGAAGCUUAUAGAUAGAUAGAUAAAAUACUUUAUUGAGCACAAAGGACACAAAAUACAGAGAUAUGGACAACAUAUACAGAAAAGCACAACAGGCGGCCUUAUUGCUCAUGCAGCAAUUUCUUCCAGGCAACCUUUGAGCAUUCUAACAAAAUAAAUAAUACCGUCGCCUUAUAGUGAAAACCUCGCGUCUUUAUUCAAAAUCACAUGUUGAUGUGAUUUCCUUCAAAAAAACAUCGAAACGAAGACGCUGUGUCCAUUCCAAACUGAGAUUGCAUUUUUUUAUCUGAAGUUGAAACUAAUAUGUCUGCUACAAGAUUUCGUUGAAAAAAUCACAUCGGAAUAUAAUUUUUCAAAAAGGUGCUAACGAGGUUUUGAAGUGAGAUAUGUGAGGAACAUGAGUGUAUAAAGAUGCUUGACAAAAUUAAUUCAACCCUUUUAUAUAAGUGUAGAAAGAUCUAAAAGAAGUUUAUGGCUCGCCACACAGCCGGCGUGACGAGGCGCUAAUAGUUGUAACGUACUGAAAUGUAGGAGACGUCACAUUGAGAGCGUUUCCCGUCGCGCCAAACGAGAGUAACGCCAGUUGUAUGUCGACAGCUUGUAAGCCGUGAGGCACUUGUGUGUACAGAUAGAUAUACCUAUGGAAAGUAAUUGUUAUUAUUUAAACGGUCAUGUCAUGAACUAUGAAAGUGUAUGUUAUUUUCAUGAUUUUUUUUAGUUCUUUUGGUCAUGUUAAGACAUGGUAACACUACCUGUCGGACACUUUAUAGUACUAUAGUAAGAUAAUACAUCAAUGUUUAAUAGGGAAACAAGCCCUUAGUUAAUCGAGGUCAUGUGCCUACUAGUUUUUAAUCGGGCCUUACGCAUUCACUUCCGCCUUUUAAAAAACAAAAAUGACUAAACAAAAUCAUCCAUAUCCGUAUUAUUACAACUGUAAGUAUCAAGUACACUAUAGGCUUCUGAUAUCUCAGUGAUUUUGUUAUCUUAUUUAUUAAACGAGUUUAUACUCCUAAA